UCAAUAAUAGUGGAGUGAGGGCGCGCGCCGUGUUUCGCUUUGGGUUUCCGGCGUGUGCACGCGGCUGUCUAGGCGCAGCCGUGCGUAGCCCGGCUCUAGCGUGUGAUGCGGGUGUUUUAGCUCAGCCCCGGCGCAGAUAUGCUGUGCCGGCUUGGCUGUAGGUGGCUGCGGCCGCUGCCCGCACUGCAGUUCGGAGUCCGGGUCCCGCCGCUUGCGCCAACCUCAACGGGUGGUAUUAAGCACUCUGCUCUGCCCGCUUGGGCGGUGGCGUCAGUCUCUACAGUUGGCUCCGGCGGCCCUGGCAGCUGGUACGAGGCCCUGGCCUCGUCGGCGCCGGUGCAGGGCGCCGAGGAGGUGCUACUCGGCAUGCACGCCGCCACAGGUCUGCCCUGGUGGGCCUGCAUCGCCCUCACCACCGUGGCUCUGCGCGGCGCCGUCACUCUACCCCUGGCCUCCUACCAGCACUACAUCCUGGCCAAGGUGGAAAAUUUGCAGCCAGAAAUAAAAAACAUUGCAAGGCAUCUUAACCAAGAAAUCGCAGUUCGUGCAAAUCAGUUGAAAUGGUCCAAAAGAGUUGCCAGGCUCACUUUCCUAAAGAAUAUGCGGAGGCUUGUUUCAGAGCUGUAUGUUCGCGACAACUGCCACCCGUUCAAAGCCACUGUGUUGGUCUGGAUUCAGUUUCCAAUGUGGAUCUUCAUGUCUGUUGCCCUCCGGAAUUUUAGCACAGGGUCACCACAUUCAGAAGCAGGUUUUCCUGUUCAGGAGCAAUUGGCUGAUGAUGGGAUCCUGUGGUUUCGUGACCUCACUGCACUGGAUUCCACUUGGAUUCUGCCUGUCUCUGUUGGUGUCAUCAAUUUAUUAAUAGUGGAGAUUUUUGCUCUGCAAAAACUUGGAAUGUCUCGUUUUCAGACGUAUAUUACAUACUUUGUUCGUGCGGUAUCAGUGCUGAUGAUUCCAAUUGCUGCGACAGUACCUUCAUCGAUUGUCCUCUACUGGUUGUGCUCCAGCUUCAUGGGCCUUUCACAGAACUUGCUGCUGCGUUCUCCUAGGUUUCGCCGACUUUGCCGAAUACCGUUGACCAAGUCAGAUUCAGACACUCCGUAUAAGGACCUCUUUGCUGCCUUUUACGCCAAGUUCAUUUUAAGAAAAUGAUAGGUUUUCCAGUAAUUUUGAAACAAUUGGAAGUGUAACUAUCACAAUUUUGGUUUAGAAAUUCAGAUGUGAUUUAAUUUGUCUUUAUUUAAAAUCAUGAAUUGUGUGAAGUACUAUGGGCUAAGAUAUAAAAGUAGAAUCAAAGUGUCUGGUUCUACUUAUAAAAUUGCAACUUGCUAGAGGUGUCAGAAUUUUGGAAAACAGGAUUAGACACUGAAUGAUGUCAAAUUAUACUGACAAAUCUCAUACAUUAAAGUUUUAUAAAGUAAGAGAAUCCAGUGAGGUGAUUUUUAAAAUUUUGGAGGCAAGGCGUGGAGGAUCAUAGACCCAUUUGUACAUCUACUAAUGCUUAGGUUUUCUUUUCAGAGAGAUCCUGGGACUCACAAUAUGGGGCCUUCAUUGGCGACCCCCCUUCUCUGCACCCCAAGGCUUUCUGGUGAUUUGCUGACUAAGAACUCUUACUCUCAUGAAAUACACAAUGAUGAGUUAAUGUGUGACUUUUAAAAAAUGGACUUAAGACACAUGCAGUAGAUUAGUCCAUACAAGAAAGUACCUAAUAUGGUAGGUGAUCCUGCCUUACAACCUGCUCUGAAAGAGUACAAAACAGGUGCAUUCCUUUUUCUAUAACUUAAGAAGUCUGGGAUAGAAUACAGCACUAAGUAUUGCUAGAGCCCAAAGUGGAAAAUCUUAUGCUUUAAGUUUAUUUAGUCAAAGGAAGAAAACUGGAAUGGCAGCUACCUCUUGUGGGUAUGACUUAUAAACUUCUCUCUUUGAAGAUUAAGUACUUGAGUGGGUGUAUUAUGGUAGACACAAAAUACAGGCCAAAUUAACAGGUAAUAUAAAUUGUGGAUCCGGUUGUUUGCUUGUUUGAUUUGAAGGAUGAUAUAUUUAAUUGUGGAAUAAUUUGAUAUUUAAGAAGAUGAAAAAUUAAAAGUUUUCAUUGAGUUGGAAUAUGAAUACGAUGCCCUAUCAUCCCAUUUCCUGUUUUACAAUAAAGUAAAAACUAAAGCAAAAUCA